UCUUUUCAUUCAUUGGUCAAUACCCAGGUCGGUCAAGGGCCUGCCUCCGCGUAAGAGCCAAUCAGCGAUGAUAGGAGGACGCUUUCCUCUGGAGCUUGUUCACGAAAAGGGGCCUUGCAAGGGGAAGUGAGACGCUGGUGGUUGCGGCUGGUGCGCAGCCGCGAAACUAAGGAUCAGAACUGUUAGCGGCGGUGCAAGCUGGUAAGAAGAAGGCGAGGAUCCGAGUUUCAGAAUGUCAAGUACUAUGUCCUACUGGAUCUCAACUUCUGCAAGGAGCUGCAUUGCCACCUUACAAGGUGGCAGACGCCUAUACUCAAGGUGUGUCUCAAAAAGGAAUCUAUCCAUAUGGAGGCGCCUUUCCUGGGCAUCAUCUCCCCUACAAAACAGUUCACCAUGUGGUACCUUCACACUGCAGAAAGUCUACAGACACACAUCAACAGAGGAAGAGGAUUUCCACCUGCAACUCAGCCCCGAGCAGGUAAAUGAAGUGCUUCGGGCUGGUGAGUCAGCCCACAAGAUUCUUGACUUGGACAGUAGAGUCCCAAAUUCUGUGUUGCGGUUUGAAAGUAACCAGUUGGCUGCAAAUUCCCCAGUGGAAGACCGUCGAGGAGUAGCUGCCUGCCUACAGACCAGUGGACUGAUGUUUGGUGUCUUUGAUGGACAUGGUGGUCAUGCAUGUGCACAAGCAGUGAGUGAGAGGCUCUUCUACUACGUGGCAGUGUCCCUGAUGUCCCACCAGACCCUGGAGCAGAUGGAGGGAGCGAUGGAAAAUAUGAAGCCCAUGUUGCCUAUCCUGCAGUGGCUCAAGCAUCCAGGCGACAGUGUCUACAAGGAUAUCACUUCAGUGCAUCUUGAACACCUCCGUGUUUAUUGGCAGGAAUUGCUUGACCUACACAUGGAAAUGGGACUAAGCAUUGAGGAAGCAUUGAUGUACUCUUUCCAGAGACUGGAUUCUGAUAUCUCACUGGAAGUCCAGGCUCCCUUGGAAGAUGAGGCAACAAAGAAUCUGUCACUCCAAGUUGCUUUUUCUGGAGCAACAGCUUGUAUGGCUCAUGUCAAUGGAGUUCACCUGCAUGUGGCAAAUGCUGGUGACUGCCGGGCUAUCCUUGGUGUCCAGGGGGACAAUGGCAUGUGGUCUUGUCUACCUCUUACGCAUGAUCACAAUGCAUGGAAUGAGGCUGAGCUCUCCCGGCUUAAGAGGGAGCACCCUGAGACAGAGGACAGGACGAUCGUCAUAGAUGACAGGCUGCUUGGUGUCCUGAUGCCCUGCAGGGCCUUUGGAGAUGUCCAGCUGAAGUGGAGUAAAGAGUUGCAGCGCAGUGUCCUAGAGAGGGGCUUUGAUACUGAGGCCCUCAACAUUUACCAAUUCACCCCCUCACACUACUAUACCCCACCCUACCUAACUGCCAAGCCUGAGAUUACGUACCACAGGCUGAGGCCCCAGGAUAAGUUCCUUGUGCUAGCUUCAGAUGGACUGUGGGACAUGUUAGGGAAUGAAGAUGUGGUGAGGCUGGUAGUGGGGUAUCUGUCUGAGGCAGGUCGCCAUAAGCCAGAUCUGGCCCAAAGACCUACCAAGCUGGGACUCAUGCAGAGUCUACUGCUGCAGAGAAAAGCUAGUGGGCUCUAUGCAGCUGACCAAAAUGCAGCUACACAUCUGAUCAGACAUGCUAUUGGAAGCAAUGAAUAUGGGGAAAUGGAGCCAGAGCGGCUGGCAGCAAUGCUGACAUUACCAGAGGACUUGGCAAGGAUGUACAGGGAUGAUAUCACUGUCACUGUAGUGUAUUUUAACUCAGAGAUAAUUGAUGCAUAUUACAGGGGGGAUUAAGAAUGAGCUAUGAAACCUGGCUGUUAAAGGGACAGGCAGAUAAAUACAACUUGCUGAAUAAUUGACCAACAGGAGAAGAAAACAAAACAGCCUAGGUUUAAAAGCAGUAACAGUGAUUUUAUGUCCCUGUGUGUAUUGGUCAACUUUUUAGUGCAGAAAAGAGAAUAUAAAGUCUGUUGAACUGGCUUGUGCUCAUAUAGCCUAAGUCCUUUAUAAAAACACUUGAACUCUGUCACCUAAAGUUUUUUUUAAAGUAUAAAUUUAAUAAUGAUCCUAAGAAUAAAAACUUCAGGAUCAGGGGCUGGGGAUUUAGCUCAGCGGCAUAAGCGCCUGCCUUGCAAGCAGGCAGUUGUGAGUUUGAUCCCUGGUACUGAUAAAAAGGAAAAAGACAAAAACAAAAAACAACAACAAAAAAAAAACUUCAGGAUCUUCUGAAAUUCAACUGCAAAAAUCUGAUAAUUCUGAAUUCACAAUCAUGCAUUUCUAGAUUAUAGUUUUAUUUUGCUUUGUUUUUUAAGUUACCAAGGCCUAGGUUUACAAAGCAUACUGUAGGACACUUUUCUAUGCAACAUUUUUGUGAAUAUUCUUGUGAAGACAUUCUGUAACAGUGCAUUCUAGGUCUGUUUUAGUUUAUUUAAAAACUGAAUCCUGACCAAAAAAACUAAACUAAAAAAGCCAGGUGUGGUGGUACAUGCCUGUAAUCCCAGCACUUGGGAGGCUGAGGCAGGAGGAUGAUUGUUAGUUCAAGACCAGCCUGGGCUACAAAGUGAGCGCAAAGCUAGCCUGAACUGCAUAUUGAGACCCUUUCUCAGAAAGACCAAAAAAAAAAGAACUAAAUCUUUGGGCUGGAGAUGUAGCUCAGUGGUAGAGGGCUUUCCUAGCCUGUGUAAGAUCCUGAGUUUGAGUCCUAGCAUCACAAAGACCAAACAUACUGAACCCUUAAAUUUGUAAACAGGCCUCCAAUAAGCAUGUUUGGGACAACUUGAUUUUCAAGUGAGAGUGAGAAGGUCUCGGCCUGUGGACCAGCGAAUUUUUACUUGUGCAGCAUUUGGCCUCUCCACUGAGUCCCAUAAAACUUUGAGCCGUUCCAGGGGGAAAUUUAUGUCUAAUUCUUAAAUCUUGGCCUUUCUUGAUUUAGUAAAAUACUCCACUCGACACUCCCAUCUUAGCCCCUGGGGGAUUAUGCACUGUUUUUUAAAAAACCUUUCUGAUUAUAUCUCUCAAACAUUCUUUAAUUUCCUUCUGACACAACAUUUUUUCCUCUGCUAUCCUAUGCAACCUUAACCUGAAGUUGCUAACAUUGUGAUGGUUUAUCCAAGUCUUGUACCUACUCCUUCAGAUGGCUGGAUGAAAGGGAACAGUGUGAUCACAUGUAGUUUUGACGGACAUUUAGGCAGAACACACUUCUUCAGGGGUUUGUAGAUUUAAGAUUUAGCCUGAACCUGGAGAGGUGAAAACUUGUGGGGUCUAAGGAGAACAGCCAGUAGCCAAGAUUCCAUCUGCAUCCUGAGAGGCAGUGGGGAAAUGGGAGGAGUGAGACCUAUCAGAUGGGACAUCUGCCUGUGACUGAUAAAUUGCCAUUGCUACGCCUUAGGAAUUAGACCAUAUUAGGUAUGAGAGCUGAGGCGAAAAUAAAAACAUAACUUGUAAUGGUUUCCAUGGACUGCAGAAUUUUUGUUCUUAAAAAUUAACCUGCAUGGAUCCUUUUGGGGGAUGAAUUUUCUCAUGAGUGGCUAUGGCAUUUGAACAACAGGAAAUGUGUCCCGAAAUGGAAACACAAAUAUAAUCCCCAAGCCCACAGAUUAGUUUCCUGUGCCAAAUCAAGCAUAAUUCUUCAGUAUAAUUGAACUACAUUAGUUGAUUUCCUCUCCCCUCCUCAUACCAUCCAUUGAUUAAAAAAAAAAAAAAAAAAAAGCAAAUAACUAUGUUUGGCUUCCUUAUUUUUAUCUGUCCCAGAUGAAAUUCGGUUAAGGGUUGGAAUAUGUCCAUCUUGGGAAGGUUUCUUUGUACGUUUUCUGGUUUACCAGUUUAAUGGUGUGACUUCAUUUAAGAAGUUUCUCUUUUAGAGCUGGGUGUGGUGGCACAGGCCUAUACGCCCAGCACUCUGGCAUUGAGAGUGAGGCAGAUAGAUUUCAAGUUCAAGGCCAGCCUGGGCUACCUAGCAAGACCCCCACCACCACCACCAAAAGAAAAAAGCAGAAACACCAAACUCUUGGGUGCUUUAAAUAAACUGUGGUCCAUUUAUUCUGAAAUCAUUACUAUUCCUUCUGAUCUCUUAGACUUUAACUCAGAAUGUGAAUCAUUAUCAUUCUCUUAAGAGUUUAGCGUGAAAGUUUGCUGCUGAAACUGAGGGACUCAAUUUGACUGACAUUUUCUGUUGUUUUUCAUGCCAGCUAAACACUGGAGUACGCUUAGAGCCUGGCAUGGGUCAUAAAUGUGUAAAAUUCAGUAACUUGUGUAGCAACUGAGAGACAGUCUUUCCGCCUAUGUCUGCAAGCAUAUCUGUGUUUUUUCUCAGCUGAAUAGAUCCUACUGCUUUCUAGUUGGUAUGUUGAGAAAGAAGAAAGGCUUGUUUGUUGUCGGCCUUUUCUCCUGCAUGGACUCUCAGCUUCUCCCUUGAAUGCCCCAGGGACCAUCGCCUUCUGGUUAAAUUCCAGCUGUCUUUCUGAGAUCAUGGUUCUUGUUAGUGGCCUUCCUGAAGCACACAGGCCGCUGCUUAGGACACUGCAAUUGUAAAGAAACUUAGUAGUCUUUGUCAGAUCUUCCAAAGCGUUCGCCAUUACUUUUGUAUAGUGAUUUCAACUUUAAGACUUCUUAAAUUGAGUUUUUAAAAUGAGAUUGGCCAUUUAAUAUAGUACACAUGGCUUUUGAAGUAAGUGUGAUUUGAUGCUUAAAAUUAGGUAUUUAUCAUUUUAGGUAAGAAACAAUAAUGGCAUUGUUUAGAUUUUGUUUUAUGUGUAAAUAAUACAGCUCUGGUAGUCUAAUUUCAAAUUGUUAUCAAGUUACUGAGUUUCAGCUUUUGGAGAUGUUUGUAACAUAAAAGCUAAUUUAUUAUAAUUAAAACAUAAGUUUGAACUAUGUCAAUAUGGAAACAUUUUUCCCAGUACACAUGGCCUAAAAGAUCUCUAGUAUUAGGCACAUGGGUAAAUUUUGAUUGUGGUAUAAUCGAGUUGGGGUCUUUUAUAUAUAUAUAUUACAUGGUACUGGUGAUCAAACUCAAAACCUCACUUGCCAGGCAGGCACUUGUGCCACUGAGCUAAAUCCCCAACCCUGGGAUCUUUUAAAGACAAGUGAAAUAUAAACAACUUGAGAGCUUGUUAAAUAAGAAUGUAAUUAUGUGGAGCAAAGUAUAUACAGAAAUAAAAAUAUAUUUAGAAUGAGUCUGGCUUAACUCUUGUCUGUCAGACCUGUCUUCAUUUGACAGCUUUGGGAAAACCUUAACUUCCCAGGUUGACCAGAAUAUCCUCUAACUGAGCCAUCCGAGUGUCAUUGUAAAGUGGUUCAUUUGUCUCUGAAAUGUGACUCUUGUAGUACAAAAUGCAGUGAGUACCUUUGGAGCUGGAGAUCCAAGCUGGUGUCAGAGCUAGUGACGCAAGCUGCCACACGCAUGACCUAAGGGGAAUGUGUGUUUGGGCUGCUGCAUAACUGACCCUGAGCCAACCAGGGCUCUGUCCUUGCCUUCUGGGGCACUUGCUAACUUGCCUUCUGGAAAAUACUUAACAAGCAUUUUCUUGGAAUAAUUAUUAACUGUGUUCUUUAAUAAUUACUGGCAGUUGUAUUUUAAAAUGUAUACCAGUGUUCUUAAUUGAUACUGAUUUUCUGUUAGAGAUAUUUAAAACUUGUAAAUAAAAGAGAUGAAAUGAAAUUGA